AUCUACAGGGCGUUGGUGGAGUCGGAGCGUCAAGAACAACAACCAAGUCAGAAGCGAUAAGAAGACUCAACAAGUGCAAAAGUACAAUGGCAAGCGGUGACCCAAGGAAGUUCCCGGUGACGACUGGUCGGGCAGACUCGUUGAAUCUGUGCGACGUAGGCUUGGCAGACAUCGAAGGAAUAAAGGGCUUCUUCUCGGGCCAUGCCGUUGACCACGCGUCACCCUGCAGUGCGACUGAGGACCGAGCGUGUCAUAUCGUUCGACACUUCACAGCGUGGAACGAAGUGCUUUCCCAGGCCAAGCUCGAACUGCGAGAAACCCCGCGAACGCGCAGCGGGCUGACCGUAGCGAGCAUCGACUGCCCGUACGUUAGGGUCCACUCGCUGGACACACUGCACCGGGUCGCCACGCUGCUGCACUGCCUCGUCACGAAGCAUCACUGCGUGACGCAUGUGGACGUCACGAUGGGCAGGCUGAACUUGUACGACGAGCUCCUGUGCGACGCCCUGCGUGGAAAUCAAUUCGUCGAGUCGCUCAAGUUGCGGGACUCGUUCAGCCGGGGACUCGGCCCCCACAGUAACUUCUGCGUGGUCGUCCCGACCCUUCCAAACUUGAAGCAUUUCGAGUGUACCAGUGAUGCGGAGUGCCGGCGGUGUUUUCUGGACGCGCUGACGUCCCUCUUGUUGACGACGAGGUCGCUCACGUCUCUCCAUGUCCCCAAUGUAAUCAUGAAAUUCAGGGCUACAAAGGCGUUCUUGACAGCGGUCAUGGCGUGCUCAAGCCUGAGGGAGCUAUCGAUGAACUUUGCAUUCGAGUUCUACGCCGAGGAAGAAAUUUGUGCUACUUUCGCGGAGUACCUGAAGAGUUCGACUGCCUUAACGAUGCUGACCUUUGUGGGACACGGCUUCCUUUACAGCACUAAGAUGCAGUUGAUACUACGAGGACUCGAGAAAAACAGGACGAUCACCAGACUAGAUUUCAGGGCAGCGUUCGUGUCGGAGCGAUGUGUGGAAGCCGUAGAUAACAUUUUUGCAAGAAAUACAACGCUGCGCAGUAUCCACAUUCCACCCAGCCAUCCUGGCCUCUACAGUUCUUACCUUCAGAGGGGUGCUUUCAUUUGGGAUGUCUUGUUGACAUCAAUCAGGGAGAAUGAGACGCUUCAAGAACUUACACUACCAUUGAACAUGUGGAGGCCACAGAAGUGGGCUCUGUUCUUUAGAGCGCUUUCGACGAAGCACAGUCUAAAGCACGUCAUCAUAGACGGGGUCGCCACGGACGCCAUCGCGUUGCAACAAGUCUGCGAGGCCCUACGAGAAAGUGGCGCAGAGGAGAAGGUCGUUUUUGGACCAGGGCUGGGGGCUUCCUGCUAUCGGCACGAUUUGGAUUUACUCAGGUACCAUUGUUUCCGCGACGUCAUCGCCUCACAGGCAGAUGACGGAGCCGAUGCUCCGCCGCUUGGCAGGCUUCUGCACCAGCUGUGUUCGCUGAACCACGUGACAUCGCUGACAUUGACUAUUAAUCCUGGCACGAACAGGGAGGACCUGUCGUCUGCUCUCACAGACUAUGUUGGAACAACGAGCACGCUCAAACAACUGCGGCUGAUCUCCGUGUCUGUUGCCGAACCGGACAAUGAAACUGACCUAGAUUGGACGGCCGUGGUCGAGUCGUUGUCACGGAACAGCAGCUUAGCAGAGCUGUGCGUCAGCGCGACAUGCAUGCGUGAGGACGACUCUGGGCGCAUGGCUGACGUGGUCAAGCACAGCGAAAACAUGCGAAGGUUCUCCCUUUCGGUACAAAAGGUCUGGCACUCUGCGGCGUUUGCGAGUCGCUUGUCCAACGGCAUAUAUCGCAACUACAGCCUCAUAAAAGUCAAAUUUCCUGGUUACAUGAACAAGGACUCGUUUGCUGUCUGGGACACGGCGCGGAGGAACUCCCGGCUGGUGGCCAGUGCUUCGCAAUUCCACGCAGGAGCUAAUCCUGACAGGACCACUGCGGCGGCGCUGGAGCGGGUCUUGCGGCACCGUGCUCUGCUGGAGGAACUUGCCGAAGUCCAGUCCAUCAGCGAGGACGAGGCAGCGGACGCUCUCCGAGACGAAGUCAGGUCCUUCGAAAGCAUGCACGAGUUCAUGCGACUCGCAGGAGUCGUGAAGGAAAGGGUCACGUGUCAUCAACGGGAAGACGGGCGCACGCAGCUCGACGACCUCAACGAGCACUGCUGGAUCGCGAUCCGGCACUACCUCGCCCUUGGUGACGUUGUGGACGAAUGCGCCCAAUCAGAGUCGAACCGCGCGUGACGUACGCGCGAUGCUGUCCUUUGUUGUAUUUUGUCUCAGAGACGCGCCCUCUGACCAGACAGACAGUCGAGAAAAAAAAAAGAUAAGAA